AGAAUAGAGAGUAGGGGAACAGUACAUAGUCGACAAAGUCGUACUGUAUGCUUUCACGAGACACAGUUUCGACUUUACAAGCAUCGCGAACGCAGCAAACGUCAUUCGGUGUCACCUUCUUACAUAAAUAUAAUCUCGUUCCAUUCAAACAUGCUGCAUUUCAGAUAAGGACAAUUCGAUUUUUUUACUCUGCCCCAUCCCGAACUCUAUCGAGUGAAGUUACUGUGAUAUUUUGGUUCGGUCGUUUCAUUCUACCAUGGUCACCGUCGGUUUUUCAAUUUUUUUUGUGCUAUGCACGAUCGUCAUCUCCGUGGAGACGAGGAAUAGGCCUCCGCUGAUCACAGACGACAACAACAGGAUGAGAAAUAAAGCUGCCGAUCUACCACUGAUGAUGGGAGAAAUAAACCAUGAAAGUGAACUGGAAUUUCAAUCAGAAUGUGUGUUCGGAAAUGAAGUACGAGAACUUGGAUCGCAGUGGAUACCAAAUUUAGGAGUACCUUUUGGAAUCUUGUACUGUAUGAAAUGCGAAUGCGUACCGUUUCAGAGGAAGAGGAGGAUAGUGGCCAAAGUGCAGUGCAGAAACAUACAGAAAGAGUGUCCUGAGCCAACUUGCAGUGAGCCAGUUCUCAAGAAAGGCAGAUGCUGUAAGACGUGUCCUGGUGACACCAACAAUCCAGAUAACAUACAAGACAUCGACAUCAUACCCCAGCACUCCCUAGACGACGAUGAGAAAACAACAAAACAUUACGCCGCCCUCCUCACCGGCAGAUCCUCCCUGGUGCUCAAAAACGACUACCUCCGACUGGCGCCCCACGACAGGAACAGAAACCGAAUCAUAGCCACCGGCAGGUUCACAUUCCACAAGAAAAACCUCCACUACUCCUUCGUCUUCUCCGAAAGGGCUCAAAGACCCAGAUCCCUCCAGUUCAUAGACAGCGAAGGUAACAUCCUCGAAGAAUUCACCCUGUUGGCGCAGGGCGCCCCCCUAGGCUUCUACCAGAAGACCACCAGGAAGGUUUGCGGGUCUUGGAAGAGGAUCGCCAGGUCCUACAGGCGUCUGAUGAAGCAGGAGAAGAUGUACGCCGCCCUGGUGUGGGGCACCAAGGACUACACGGAGUUCACGAUCAGCGGUUUGAUCACCAAGUACAACCUGCUGUCCAAGGAGAUGUUCAGCUCGCUGAUGGAACCCGCUUCGAACAGCGAUCCCGAUGUUAUGAAUGGGUCGGGCGGUACAGCUUUCAUCUCAGUUUCGACGGCCAUCAGUCCGUCCGUUUAUAUCUCGGUCAUCUUCAAUGGUUUGUUCGAAAUCGAUGAGAUAGCUGAUGUACCGCUCAAUAUCAGUCUCUAUUUGGAUAAGAAGAAGAUCGUACAGAAGCAAGUCAUCGUGAAAAAGCCAUCCAAUGAAUUGAACCUGGUGGAGACUAGCGCCGUUCUGGAGAAUCAAGAAAUGCGGGCUCUAACCAGAGGAAAACUAGGAAUUGGCAUAAGUUCAGUCAAGAACCCAGUGAACAUGAGACUUUACGGUCACAUAGUAUCCAAAGCGACCUGCGAAAUAUUCCAGACCCUACUAUCCAGCAACAGCGAGCAUAACACCCACAGCAUAACCGGCUUGGGCUGGUUCUACAUGACGAACGAAGGCAGUCUCAACUAUAACGUGCAGGUGGACAACCUAAAGACCGAAAUACCAAACUCCGUCACCUUGAUCGACCUGAGCACCAAGCGAAGGACAGAACUGGAAGACCUAACCCCCUAUUUCGAAGACGGUUGGGCGAACGGCACCAUCGAUAAAAUCAGCCCCAAAUUCUUGGAACCCUUUUACUUCGGCAACAUCGGCAUCAAUAUUUCCAUCGAGAGGACCUCGACGGUGAUCAAAGGUAAACUGGUGUCAAAGCUGGUGGCGGACGCCAGGAACUCCAAGGCGCCCAUCUUGCUUAAGAGGGAAAAUUACACGCUGCCAUCGACGGCGGUUGGGUUGGCCUGGAUUAGCGUGGACCACGACUGUCACAUCCACUACGACGUCUCUCUGAACGGUUUGGGAUUCAACAACAGGAGGUUGGACUUGAUCCUGGACCUACUUCCGAUGCUGGCUCCAGGAGCUCCUGUCAUUAGGAAACAUCUGGACAGUUUCGUCGGUAAUCAAGUUGAAAACAGCCCAGUCGAGGGGUUGUCCAAGGAGGAAUUGGGUCGAUUGGACACUGGUGUCGGUUUCAUCAAGAUCAUGGAGGAUAAGAGUCCAUUACUGUCUGCGAGAGUGACUCAGUUACAGAUACCCAUCGACUGCAGACCGCCCUACAACGCCGACAACAACGUACCACCGAUACUUUUCGACAAAAGCGACGACCAACCCAGCGUGGAAUGCUUCUACGAAGGGAAAUUCUACCAGGAAGAGGCCCAAUGGACGUCCAGCAGCGACCCUUGCACCAUGUGCUUCUGCCAAAACGGCAAAGAGAAAUGCGACACCAUGACCUGCCCGGAACCGGACUGCGAGGAAAGUUUACGCGUAAAGGCCCCAGGCGAAUGCUGCCCUUCCUGUCCCUCCAAAACCGUCAUCACCGAGAGCCAGAUCCAGAGGAACCUCCCGCACACGUGUCUCUUCAACGGAAAACCCUACUCCAAGGGCAGCAAGUUCCACCCGUUCCUGAUACCGACCGGCUUCGACACUUGCACGGAGUGCGUGUGCGAUCCAGUAGACCUGGAGAUCAAGUGCGUGAGGAACAGGAACGAGAGGACCUGUUGCAGGAACUGCAGCAGGCAGGAGUUCGACGUGAACGAGAGCUAUCCUGCUGACGAGAUGCCAAUAAGGAACCCCAACCUGAACAGGAAGAUUGAGAAGGCAACGAAAUCGGCUGAUCAGAUAAUGAAGGAGGGGGGAUGCAGGAACCUGAACAACCCUCACAAGCCGCACGAGAACGGUUCCGAAUAUUUCCCGUAUAUCGAUUCCUUGGGAUUCUACAAAUGCGUCACCUGUAAAUGUAAUAGAGGUAACCAAACAUGCAAAAGGAAUCCUUGCGACAAGGCGGCCUGCGAAAAGAUGUUCAAGGCUAGGAAAAACAAGAAACUUCAAACGGGUGAACACUGUUGUUCGGUGAAGGAUUGCAGGAGAUUCAAGCACAAGAAGAAUCACAGGACUACUGUGCCAACAAGCUGAACGUGAACGGAUACACGCGGUCUUUAGGAAAAGGGGCUUUCCUGCUCAGUCGCAGUGGAGCACCUGAGAAUUACCUAUCAACCAAAGAAGACUGAGACAGACAAACGUAUUGGACGCAGUUGUCUUUCAAUUAAUUGUAGAGUAAGAAUCGAAGAUGUUGCUGAAGGUCUGAGACUUACCUGUUAUCCCUAUGGUGAUAAUUUCAAGUCUCGCUGUUUGAAAAUAUCCAGUGGAUCGUGAAUGUGCGAUGUCCUUAUUGAAGUCACUAGUUAUUAUAGAAUUAUUGUAAGUAAUCCUUAGCUUUAUAUAACAUAAUUUAUAUUAUUUAUUGUAAUAAUUUAUUUCUUACAAGUAACUUUUCCAUGGUGUGAAGGGUUUUGAGGUUUUUUCCACCUUCAAUACUCAAGAAGUUUCUCAUUAGUAAAGAUAAUAAUUUUCGAAAAAUUCAAGCUUUUCUCAUGACUUGGAUUUAAAAAAAAAAACACCAGUGAACUAUGAGAUUGUUGGGUGCAGAGUGAAAAAGACUCAUUACUUACUAGAGAUAAAGGCUGAUAUAAUUUGAAAGUAUAAAAGAAACAUCCAGAACUGCUGUGGUAUGUUUGUAUAUUUGUAUAAUAUUUAUACCAAUUUUCAUUAACAAAAUAUUUUGCAUAUGUAUAUAUAAAUUAAUGUAUUCAAAUGAUAAUAAAAUUGUAUUAUAUGUUUCAGUAUUUUCAUGGAAUUAUUUUUUCACAAUUAGGGAUUGUUGAGUCGCUCAAAGUCCGGUUCUAAAAAACAGUUGUCAAUUAAGUGUUUCCUAAUGUUUGAAUAUAUUUCAAAAUAUUCAAAUACUUUGGAAUGAGAUGAAUUGGAGUUCAAAUCAUUGCGUCAUCAGCACAACAUGAAUCACUCUCAGAUCUGGGGUAUCUAUUAAUUUGUAUGACCUGUAUGAAAAUCUCAUCGUCCUGCUGUUUAGGAAAAGUUCAGAUUAUCAUUCUCGUAGUAAAAAAGACAGUACAUAAUCUGAAUGUUACGUAAUUAAUCAAGGAAAAGAAAUGCUGAAAAUCUUAACUGAAAUUGUACAAAAAUUAAAAUAAACGAUGAAAAAUUCAA